AUGAUAACACCGAGAUUCAGUAUAACACAGGAUGAUGAGUUCGUAUUUCUCAAGAUAUUUAUAAGUAAUAUCAGGUUCAAUGCGAUGGGUUUAGAAGUUGUCAUCCAAGAAAACAUGAUCAUUUUUCACUUAUCGCCAUACUAUUUGAGAUUAAGAUUUCCCCACGAAUUAGUUGACGACGAGAGAUCUACAGCACUAUACGAUUCCAAAAGUGAAUGUAUCAAUGUGAAAAUCGGCAAAUUAAACAAAAACGAAUAUUUCGAGGAUUUGGAUUUACCGACGAAGUUAUUAGCCAGACAAGGUGAUCUUGUUGAUUCCGAUGCAUUAACAGAACAUCCUGAUGAAAAAAAGAAGCAAAAACCCCUUAUUCAGGAGAUUUGUGCUGACGAUACGUUGAAUACACCCAAGGAAGAUGUGAAAACUAUUGGCCAAAUGGGGGAAGACUUCAAUUGGGAAAUAGAGCAAAAGAUGGAUCGCGCUAUAAAUGAGGGACUACUUAAAACAAAAUAUGGGUUUGACAACUUGUAUGAUACAAUUAUAUCCGUGUCAAUGAGCAACGGGAACGAUAUCAAUGAGUUAGACGAUCCGGAACACACUAAGGCUAACAAUAGGGUCAUUGAAAGGUUGAGAAAAGAAAAUUUAAAAUUUGAUCCCGAGUACUACGUUUCUGAAUACAUGACUAAUAAAUAUGGGGAUGAGGAAGAUUUGGAGAUUAACGGUAUAAAAGGACUACUCAAAUUUACGCCCUCCAUCGUAAAGCAAUAUCUGCAAUGGUACAAAGAAAGCUUAAAUUCAGAUCUUGUCAUGCCAGUAGACUUUACCGAUAAAGAACAAAAGCAAAUGCAGGAGAAUAUACCCAAAAAGACUUAUCUUGUAGACGAUAUAAGACCACUUUACGUCACCAUACUUAACGUCAUUUUCAGCUAUAUGUUUGAACAGAUCGAGAAUGAAGGCACUCAUACCACAGAAAGUUCCUGGACCAUGGGCAAAUUAUGUCCACAAAUAUCAUUUUUAGACCAACAAUUGAAACAGACAAAUGAAACGCAAGAUGGGUUACAUGAGGUUUCCAGUGAAAAUAAAGAGCCUUCCAUAAUAAGGGUCGCAAUUAUUACAGGCAUCAGAAGAGCUCUGAGCUAUCCGCUACAUAGAAACUAUGAUCUGGCAAUGAAGGCGUGGACGUUUGUAUAUUACAUUCUUCGUGGUGGUAAGAGACUGAUCAUACGAGCGUUAUUGGACGUUCACGAAACAUUUCGUUUCCAUGAUGUGUACUAUGUUUACGACAAAAUUCUUUUGGGCGAUCUAACCGCGUGGUUCAUUUCGCAAGGAAAUGAGAACGUCAUAAGAAGCCUUGCUUUGGAGAUGAGGAAAGAACAAGAAUCGAUCUCGAAGGAGAAUAUUGAAUUCGAGUGUGUUUCUUCGUUCAACGAAGAAACCGGUGAACCGGAUUGGGAGACAUUAAAUCUAAGAGAGAUGGAGAUUUUGGUAGAGUCUGAAUAUGAACAACAACAACAACAACAACAACAACAGUAG